CACACGUCGCACAUUCACUGUUAUCAUAGGUUGGAGUCAACGUUUAAAGUGUGGAGUCGGAAUUUACUCGGUUGACGUAAACGCAGCACUUCUCCGGAACGAUUAGCUUUGUGAGGGCGGCUUUUCCUUAUUCAAUUCUCGCUUCUUUUCCGCCUCGAUGGCUCAGGACGCGUUUGCGGACUGUCAUUUCUGCCAAAUUGUAAACAACCAGACUGACACAGAAAUCCUGCUGAGCGAUGAUGAGCUGGUUUGCUUUCGCGACACGACGCCUGGCGCUACACAUCACUACCUCGUUGUUCCCAGGAUGCACCUGGACAACUGUAAAACCCUUCAGAAGGACCACGUGCCUCUAGUAGAGCGGAUGGAGGAAAUGGGAAAGAAAAUCCUGAAGGAGAACAAAGUCAGGGACUUUAAUGACAUCAGGAUGGGCUUUCAUCUUCCUCCGUUUUCAUCUGUUUCCCACCUUCACCUCCACACUCUUGCCCCAGCCAGUAACAUGGAACCCAGAUCACAGCGUCGCUACGGGCCUCAGUCAUGCUGGUUCAUCCCUGUGGAUAAAGUGCUUUCUCAGUUGAAGAUGCAUGGCAAGGUCAAAUGACUCAUCAAAGUAUUUGUUUGUCGAAAAGUGCUGAGACGUGCAGACGACUGAAGCCACAAGAGUAUCCAAAGCCUGUGUCAUCAUGAAUUUGCUAAAAAGCUGAAGAAGGUGCCCAAAUCUAUCUGUCAUCACCAGUGCAUCAGUCUGGAAGAAGCUGUCAUGCAGCCUUCAUAGCAGAUGACUCCCAGACUAAGCACUUUUUGUAUCUUCACUCUAGACAAUGAUCGUCUGUAGAUGUCUUUGUAUCCUGCAAGCUCUGCAAUUACUUCCCACGCAUAAACACACAGCUGACAGUGUAACAUAUAAUGCUGAUUUAUACUGUAGGCGCAUAACGAUGCUCUCUCAAUCUGAAGGAUUCCAUUUAAAAUUUAAGAUUUAAUUCAAAAUUCAAGAUCAGAUAAUAAAUCAUGUAACUCCCACCAGAGGAGACCAGAAAUGGAGACAGAACAUUCUUAAUAAAACUUGAUGAGACAAUAUUUCA